UGACAAGAGCCCAUAAAUUGCGGGACCGGGACCCGAUUCGCUUGUCACCAGGUGGAGUGUCGGCGAGGAUAACCAUGAGCACUAAGGGCGUUUGCUGUGGCGGGAUCAGCGAGGGGAAGGCCGUCACCCAGGAGGUUCAACAGCUUGCCGAUUCAGUGAAGCCUCAGGUUGAAGAGAAAGCUGGAAAAACAUUUGAUGCAUUUGUUGUCAAAGCCUACAAAACACAAGUUGUAGCUGGGACCAACCAUUAUUUUAAAAUCCAUGUUGGUGGCAUUGACUACAUUCACGUCAAAGUAUAUGAAAAGCUUCCUUGUCAUGGCAGUGAAAAGGAGAUACUGGGCAUCCAGAACAACAAAUCAAUGGAUGAAGAACUAACUGCCUUUUGAAUAGAAAAUAUCUUGCUGUUAGUACUCUAGUCUUAUACAAAAUUAGUUUGUUUUAUAAUUUUAAGCCUCUGCAUUUUGGCUUUAUCAAAACUGAAGACAUUCUUAUUUUGCAUCAACUUCCAGCCAUAUAAACCAUAUCAUGUGGUUGGGAGAAGAGUGCAGAGGUUCAAGAAGUUUGAUUAUGUAUACCAUCCUUGAACUAACAUGAAAGACUUUUAUAAUCAAAGGUUAUUGUGGUGAAUUCAAUUUGUGUAAGGAAAAAAUCGGGCAUAAUUUUUGAACUAAAUUGUUUUUGUUGAGAUUAUGUAUACUUUUUAUUGUACUCUGCAGUUUAUUUUAAGAAAUAAAUG